AUGGCCUCUCUUUCAACUCUUUCGGCCUCUCCUACACCCAUCAAGCCGAUCAAUACUCGCCUUUCAACCUCCCCCUACGUCGAUCAACACUCGCGCGACUCGUCUCCCUCAUCCUGCUGCGACACUCCCGACGGAUCCAGAUCCAGCAGCCGCCGGCGCCCGUCGUUCGGCUCCAUCAAAGAAGACGUCGACGGCAUUGCGCAAUCGUUCGUGGAUACUCACCACGUUCCCUCACCCAAGGAGUCCCAGAAGCCGCAGCUCCCGGAGAUGCAACAGACUCCGGAUUUCUGCUGCCCGUGCGGUGGAUUUCUGGGGUGGAAGCAGAUUCGUCUCGGUGGAAAGAGCCUGAGUCGCAGCUAUGGCGAUCUUCGCAACCUGGGGCAUUUGCAGGCAAAGGGUUGGGCGUGGGAGACUACCCAAUCGGGACGGGAGCUGGUGCCACCAAAGGCCCCGGUCGUAGUCGAACAGGCCUCGCCGCCCCCGGGCACUUCUGCUCUGGAGAAGCUCCCGCCAGAAGUUCUGGAUCAAAUCAUCUCCUACCUUGCCAUUGAUCUGCCACCCAAUGGCUACACCCCGCGCAAUGUGGACCUCGUUUCGUGCCUCCUCGCCUCGCGCACGUUGCAUGCGGCGACGCUGAGCGUGUUGUACAGGAACAUGACCUUCCCGCAUUCGAUUAUUUUCUCCAAGGCCCUCAAUCAUAUGUCGUCCUAUCCCGCUCUGGGAACAUUGGUGCGCCGUCUGGACUUCUCCCACUUCACCUCCGUCGGUCUGGGUCGCACCAAGCAGAUGAACGCCGAGAUUCAGAACCUGACUUCGCGCACGUUGCUCAAGUGCCUGGAUCUGCUACCCAACUUGAAGGAAUGCUUACUGCAGGAACAUCUCGAGGGUGAUUUGAGCGUGGAUGUGGUGCGGAAGCUUUUCAUGGGUCUUCCCAAUCUCCGUGCGGUGGAUUUCUGCGGCUGUUCCACUCAGUCUUUCUCCCAGGUCUUCACAGAGGCCCUGACUGCGGGACCCGCGAUGCCCAUGAGCUUGCCAAAUAUGAAGCGGCUGUCGCUUCAUGAGUGCAGUACCAUUCCGGCCCCGAUUUUCGACCUGCUGCUCUCCCGGCUGACCAACCUGACACACCUGGAUCUCACCCACACCCAGGUGAACGACUCGGCUCUUUUGGCGAUUCCCGAAACGGCUCGCAUCACCCACCUGAGUCUGUCACGGUGCACCCGUCUGCGCAGCUCCGCUUUGGUGGAGUUCCUGACUACGCACCCAGCCGUCCGCGAGUCCUUGGUGUACUUGAACCUCUUGACCGACCCGACCCGUUUCCGCCUCCUGGAAGAGGAAGAUGUGACCGCACUGCUGCCCAAGCUUCCCGAUACCCUUCGGUCUUUGAACCUGGGCGGUGCCAAGGUCACCUCCGAGCAUGUUCCGCUGCUGAUCCCCUUGACCAAACACCUGGAGGAGCUGGGCCUAAGCUCGGCCGAUCUGUCGGUCAAGGAUGUGAACUCGUUCUUCACCCGAUCCCGCGAGAACGGUGCGGAGGCAAAUGCGGCUCCUAGCACUCUGUGCUACCUCGACCUUGCCAAGGUGCCACAGAUGACCAUUGGCGCGAUCUUUAACACGAGCACAUGCCUGUUGCUGUCGGACCACAGCUACCCAUUGCAGGUGAUCGAGUUCAGCGAUAAGAUCAUCACACCCUUGCGUGAGCGUGCCAAGACCCACCGUGCGUCGGUAGGCUGGACUGUCCGUGACCUCGGCCGCCGAGGCUGGUACGUCCGGGAUCCUGCAUCCAUGCCCAACGAGCCUGUCGACGACGGCUCGCGCUCCUGGAAAAUGGGCGCUCGUUGGUGGGGCAUGCGCAAGAUCCCUAUGGCUGUGGGCGAUGUCGGUGGAAUCUACGGCCACUACAUGUUCAAGAAAUGA